AUGGCCUUCCGACGAGCAUACGGUAACUAUGUCAACCUGGGCAAACUGUACAGCAUUCCGCCUUGGGGCAUCGUACCACCCUAUGGCCUAGUCAGGCCACAAAGUAACUCUGUGAAUCUUGGCAAUCUGUACUCGCGCGCCCAAUCCAAGCGUCCUUCGGGCUGGGCCUACUUUGAAGAUGGCUCCGUCUUCAUCCUGCCCUUUGGAUGGUGCGCCCACAAUGUCUUCGAGUCGCGCAUGAAAAUUGCUGCGCACUUUGUCAAUGGCCCUACGCCAAGGAUGCAGCAGGUGCGGGCCAAGAAUUCGGAUAUGAAGCGCUUCGUCGUCAUCAACAAGGACGGUAUCCAAAUACGCAACAAUACGCUUCGUAUCCUAGCUCGCAAUGCUCAAGAAGGACAAAGAGUAUCUGUCGUUGAUCCACCGUUUGAAAACGUCGAAUUAAGCCUUGAUCCUACGGGGAGCCACCCAGUUUCGGCCCGCUUCAGUGAUGCUCCGCAGUUGAGGUACGAAUACCGCCUACAGAAUAGUCAGGCGUUGGAGACCUUUCGAGGCACACUGGUUGGCGGUAUUCUACAACCUAAUGUGCGUCUGGGGAACGGUCUGCGCCUAUCGAAUAAACCUGAGAUAUUGAAACCGCAAAUAACUGCUAAGAGGCGGGCACGGAAUCAGGAAGCCAGGAGACUUGAUGAAAGCGGGUAUCAACCAUUGAAGUCACCCGUGAAGCAACCGCACCAGUUGAGCGUACCGUCUUCGAGAGAGCGAACACCAUCUGGGCGCCUGGGGAAGUCGACGCUGCCACCACGAAGGAACCCCCGAGAUCUCGACCUUGAGCGUCGAGAAGCUCAAAUAUCAAAGAGAGAGCAGGAAAUCAUACAGUUGCAGCAGCAGCUACUCCAGACCAUGCAAGCUCAAAGUAUCAAAUCAAACCAAGACAAAAUACAUGGAAAGCAAACACACGACUCACCUGACCCCUCGACCGACGCAAAACUCGCGGUUAUCGAAGCAAGAGAACGAGCACUCGAGCAAAAAGAAGAGCUUCUGCGAUAUAAACGUAAGACCUGGCUUCUAGAGCAAAAACUCGCGCAAGUCACUGCUCGUUCUCCGCCUCGUCGUGAAUUUCGUGGAACAGAGGCGGGCGCACGAGAGCGUGAUGGAGAUGUCCCAUCCAACAUUGAACUGGACAAAGGAGAAGAUCUGGACUCGGGAUUUGCUGGUACGAAUCAAAGUCGGCCUAGGGGUUAUAAUCUUGAUGAUACGACACCGCCGGAGGCUCUCGAGAGACUGAGAUCGGGUGUCCAGUUACCUACGAGGAGGAUGAUGAUGGUGGGUAGGGAGACUCGACGGCGAUGA